AGGCUGCAGCGGGCUGGGCAAGAUGGCUGCCGUAGAGGCCGAGACAGGGUUGCUGACCCUGGAGUCGCUACCCACCGACCCUCUGCUCCUCAUCUUAUCCUUCGUGGACUACAGGGACCUAAUCAAUUGUUGCUAUGUUAGUCGAAGACUUAGCCAGCUAUCAACUCAUGAUCCACUGUGGAGAAGACAUUGCAAAAAAUACUGGCUGAUAACUGAGGAAGAGAAAGCCCGGAAGAAUCAGUGCUGGAAAUCUCUCUUCAUAGCUACUUACUCAGAUGUAGGAAGAUACAUCAACCAUUAUGCUGCUAUUAAAAAGGCCUGGGAUGACCUCAAGAAGUACUUGGAGCCUAGGUGUCCUCGGAUGGUUUUAUCUCUGAAAGAGGGUGCGCGUGAGGAAGACCUGGAUGCAGUAGAAGCUCAGAUCGGUUGCAAGCUCCCCGAUGACUAUCGCUGCUCAUACCGGAUCCACAAUGGGCAGAAGUUAGUGGUUCCAGGAUUGCUGGGAAGCAUGGCACUGUCAAAUCACUACCGCUCUGAAGAUUUAUUAGACGUUGACACUGCUGCCGGAGGAUUUCAGCAGAGACAGGGACUGAAAUACUGUCUCCCUUUAACCUUUUGCAUACAUACUGGCUUGAGUCAGUACAUAGCUGUGGAAGCUGCAGAGGGCCGAAAUAAAAACGAAGUGUUCUACCAGUGCCCAGAUCAAAUGGCUCGGAAUCCUGCUGCUAUUGACAUGUUUAUCAUAGGUGCUACUUUUACUGACUGGUUUACAUCCUAUGUCAACAAUGUUGUAUCAGGUGGCUUCCCCAUCAUCAGAGACCAGAUUUUCAGAUAUAUUCAUGACCCAGAGUGUGUAGCAACAACUGGAGAUAUUACAGUCUCAGUGUCCACAUCGUUUCUGCCAGAACUCAGUUCUGUGCACCCACCACACUAUUUCUUCACAUACCGAAUCAGGAUUGAAAUGUCAAGGGAUGCUCUUCCUGAGAAGGCCUGUCAGUUGGACAGUCGCUACUGGAGGAUAACAAAUGCUAAAGGGGAUGUGGAGGAAGUCCAGGGACCUGGAGUAGUUGGUGAAUUUCCAAUUAUUAGCCCAGGUCGGAUAUAUGAAUACACCAGCUGCACCACAUUUUCUACAACAUCAGGCUAUAUGGAAGGGUAUUAUACCUUCCAUUUUCUGUACUUUAAGGACAAGGUCUUUAAUGUUGCCAUCCCACGAUUCCAUAUGGCAUGCCCAACAUUCAGGGUGUCUAUAGCCCGAUUGGAAAUGGGUCCUGAUGAAUAUGAAGAGAUGGAGGAGGAAGCUGAGGAGGAAGAGGAAGAGGAAAACGAUGACUCAGCAGACAUGGAUGAAUCCGAUGAAUCAGAUGAGGAUGAGAAUGAAUCAGAUGAGGGUGAAGGGGAGGAGAGAAGGAGGAGGGUCUUUGAUGUUCCCAUCCGCAGACGCCGCUGCUCUCGUCUUUUUUAGCUGCUGCUGAAGGAAGCUCUGGAAUGACACUAUUCUGUUAAAUAGAUUUGUCAAUAAUGUAAAUAAUUGUGCUCAGCAUAUAGCAGGAAACUAGCACGGAAUGUUCCAGACCUAGGCUCUACACGACACUACAUUAGGAGUUGGAUCGCUUUGCUUUGUUUUGUGGUUGUAGGUAGCAGAAGAAAAGGAAAUUGUUUUCUCUUCCAGAGUCCAUGGGAGAGCAAUUCUAUAGUUGAAGAACAGAUGUUCCUUUGUUUAAAAAUAUUUUCUACUUAAAAACAAAACACAGAGGUGAAGAGAAAAUUGUUUUGGGUGAGGAUUUUAUAUGUAGCAGAAAUACCCACACCAGGGUAGAAGAGACUAUGACUGACUGUGAAAAGACCCCUUCUGUUGUUUAGAAACUAACAAAAUUUGUAAUUAGCUUCAUCCAUUUCAUGGUUGUUAAUAGUUUAUACUCAUGGGGAACUAAAUGACUAACUUGAAUAGGAAUAGUUUGCCCUUUCUUAGACAAUCUGUCCUCGAAUUAGUCUUUGUCACACAGACCUUGAGUUGCAGUUUUCAUCAUUACUUUUAAAAUCUUCAACAUAACUUUGGACUUUAAAAGUUAGAGUUCUCACGCUAUGACCUUUCUCACAUCAUUUACAGAUUCCUCAUUUUAAAUGUGGUUUGUAAAAGUACGUAGAGUGUUGUUAAAGAUUCUUCACAAUGUCUCAUGUAGUCUAAAUUUGUAAAUAUGCUUUCUGUUCUGUUUCCUUAUACAUUUGUCUAACUUUGUGGUAAGUGAUCUGAAUUUUAUGUUAGGGUUAGGAUAUUUUCGUGAAACAUGGAUUUUUUUGUAAUUAUAUAAUUGAGAGUUUGGAAUGAAAUCCUUCAAGUGUCAAAAACUCCUGUUUUAAAAACUUUUGUGUAAGUGCCUAUUUCCCGUAGACUGCUGAGCUUUGUUCUUAAGCUAGAAGAUGGCAGUGCUACUUGCUGGCCUACAGCCAGAGGACAGCAGGUCCAUUCAGAGUUGACUGCUGCCUUUGAUUAUGCUCUUUUGCUCUCCAUCAAUAUUCCUGUAAAACAGUUCAGUCGUGGAGAAAAUUUAGGAAGAGAGCGUCAUGUUCAAGACUAAGUGCCUGCUCUCAGGGACUAUGAGCAAACUUGCCCUUUUAUGAAGACAGAUCAGAAUAUUCCAAGUCAUUUUCCUACUUACCUUUCAUAGGAGAGUAUACUCACAUGGUGUUUCAACAACAAGCCAGCAGCAGCCUCAUCUUCUGUAUACCACAUCUGUUGAAUGUAUCGUUUUUUCUCCUGUGCUUGAUUAAACCUCAUGUUGUUUGUUUGUUAUGGCCCCACAGCAUACGGAAUCACUGCUAAGGUUGAGAGUAAGUUGUCAUCAAGUGAUCCACCCAGAAAUGAAAUUUAAAUGAAGGACUUAGAAACAAGGGGGGUGGGGAUCACUGAUGGCUACUGCUUAUUAAGUCAGCUGCUCUACCAUAGCUAGACCCUCAAAGAACAAGAGCAGAUGGGACAUAAAUUGUUGGAACAUCUGCUUCAUUGACGGCAAUAUGAAUAUUUCAAGAAAGGUCAAUAUCAGAUCUGGAGGCCCUUAUAAUCACCUGACUUGACACAAAUGUGCCUUCUACAUCAUGAUGUCCACUGCCAAAGCAGGGUUUGCCUACAAGAGUGAAAGAGAAGACUAGACCUGACUAGGAUGUCGGGGUUACUGAGAGCUCUGGGUGGUCUAAAGUGAAUAAUCGUUAGGAAAUUUGAAAGUAAGUGGUAAGCCUGCAAACUUGUGGGUGAAGAAUGCUAACUUUAAAAGGUAGAAACUGGGUGUGUGGAGUGGUUACUUGCCAACGCAAACCCUCCUCUAUUCCAUCUAGGUUUGUAUAAAAUACAUUCUGUGUGGUUUGCAAGGUGAUAAAAUAGCUUGUCACUACAAUCACCUAAUGACUCAUUUCUUAAAAUCUAAUCCCAUUGUUAAGUGAGAACAUGACUAUUAUCAGACUGCCAAAUACUAUCAGGCUACCCUUCCUUUUUUUUUUUUUUUUUUUUCUUUUUUCUUUUUUUCGGAGCUGGGGACUGAACUCAGGGCCUUCCGCUUGCUAGGCAAGCCCUCUACCACUGAGCUAAAUCCCCAACCCCCAGGCUACCCUUCUUAAAAAUAGUCAACU